AUGGAUGAAGCCAGCCUAUUGGCGUGGAUGCGAAUCAACGGCGCGGCGCAGCAGCCACAAGUGAACAUGCCCUCCUCCCUCUUCCUCCCCCCACCCCAGCAGCAGCUCUACGCCAACAUGGUCUACCAGCUAUUUUUGCAGCAGCAGCUCCAGAUGCAGCAACAGCAGAAGAUUUUUCAGAGGCAAUUCACCAUGCCCCAGCCGGUCAUCCCGGAAUGCGUCCCGACGCCGUCAACCUCUAGCUACCGAGCUAUGCUAAUUAAAGAAGAGCCACAAUCUCCGCCGCCACAUCAGCAUGCCGCGCCAAUCGAACCGAUCAUUGCCGUCCCAAAACCCAUCAAAAUCCAGGAUACGGUAAAAGAGGAGCCGAUCAGCCCAGUAUUUCGACGAACUAUUGAGCUGCUUUUAACCCCGGAUGCCACGCCAUCACCAGCCCUGGCAGCGCAAAAAUUGGAAGAAACCCGCCACUCCUCCAGCCCAACGUCAGAAUCGACGCGUCAAAGCAGAGAAGAAGAGGAUGAAGAUGAACAGCUUUUCAUUGAUGUGGAAGAUCUUGAAGACAAGGAGUCCGGAAAGAAUAAGCGAAAAGCCCAUAUCGAGUUCUACCGCAAGGUCAAGCAGUUCAGGAAUCGCCCGGACAAAACUCUACAAUGUGCGACCUGUGAAGAGGAAAUCGUGAAUAACGAUGCUUCCAUCACUGAACACGUCCAAACCCACGCCAAGACCAUGUCGUUCAGAUGCCAAAUCUGCGGCGCCGAGGCGACAAACCGGACGCAAAUGUACACGCAUAUGAAUGAGAAGCACCCGAAGAAGCCAACCGCCUUCUCGGACCGCCGCGAUAUGCUAAAACUGUCCGGCCUAAUCUCGGAGUGCUUCCCGAAAACGCAGCCGAAAGUCGUGAAAAGCUCGCUUGUCACCUACAUCGACCAGGUGGUUGGAUCCCUCGCCCAGAAGAAAAUCACCGAGCUAACCUGCCAGAUUUGCCAAAAAAAAGUGCCCGGCCAGCGAAGCGCACUAAUGAAACACAUGCAACUGCACCCGGCCUAUAGAUGCAAACUCUGCAAAUACACCUCGAGCACCACCGGCGAGCAGGAGGACCACAGCCGCUUAUUUCACAAGAUUACGGACCCCAAACUACAACAACACUACAACCUGUGCACCGCCCUCGACGUGGUCACCAAAAAUUUCCAGCGUUGCUUCGGAGAUCUCGCGGCUGUU